AUAAAAAUCACUUGUUGUUCGAAAAAAUCUUCCACAUAUGCUUGUGUGAAAAUAAUCGGCAGAAGAGUUAAAGCAUAACCUGCUGGAGAACACCUGAGCUGAACAGUUUGAACACAACCAGUGCCAAAAUGUCAUCUCUGGAUAAUGACAUUAAUCAGGAUUUUCAGGAUGCCAUUGAUGUGAUGCAGCGACACUCAGAAAUAUUCUACUAUGAUACAGAUAGUAAAUACAUUGAGAAUAUCAGAAGUCACGAUUCUGCUGUGCAGUACUCAGUGUCUUGUUACCGCUACACACCUCACUCCGCAGGAUCGUCUGCCGUGUACGACUGGGGUGAAGCAUCAUCAUGGUCUCCUAUAGUACCAGAGGCGUCUCCAUGGGGAACUGCUGAGCCUUCUGUGCUUUACCCAAUAAUACCUGAACGGCUUAGAAAGGGCCGUAAGAAGUUGCGUCUGUACGAAUACCUUCAUGAAGCGCUGCACGAUUCCAGCAUGGUCGACUCUAUCCAGUGGACAGACCGUGGAUCAGGGAUGUUCCACUUCAUCUCAAAAAACAAAGAAAAGCUGGCUGAGUGCUGGGGCCAACGCAAAGGCAACCGCAAAGCCAUGACCUACCAGAAAAUGGCCCGGGCUCUACGCAACUACAGCCGCACAGGGGAGAUUGUUAAAGUGCGCCGCAAGCUCACAUACCAGUUUAACCCACUGAUCCUGCAGAGACUGGAAACCAUCACCCCAUCUGGUCCUUCAACACAAGACCUCAUUCCCAACCACCAAAUCCCAGCUGACCAGGGCUACUACUGCUCAGCUGGAGCUGACUGGCACAGCUGGUAUGCACAGUGCCCUUACCCUGCAGAGUAUGACUUCACUUCGGCACUGACGUCAACGGAAGGCCUGAAAACACCUGAUCCGGUGCAAUGAUGGGAAAACUGGAAGAGGUUCAUGGCAGUAAACUCUUAAAGGGCAUUAAACACUAUGCAAUAAACCUGACUUAAACAUGCUACAUACUCAUCCAAUGCUAAAUAGCAUAGGAAUGUACAUACCGAACAUGAAGAGAUCCUACUGAUGUGUAGUGAAAAUAAAUGUUUAUUUUUUUGCUAAUGUGGGCUCGUUUAUGUCUGAAAUAGUUAAACCCUAUGCACUGUAUCUCACUGAAACUGAAGUAAAUAUUAGCGUAAAAUAAACAUGAUCAUGAUCAAAAACAACAGGUUUUCGUAAAAAUGUUUAAUGUAAAUGUAUCUAAUUUCCAGUGUUUAAACGAUCUGCUUCGUGUGGUUGAUUUAUCAAGAGGCAGGAUUAAC